GGGCGGCCUCGCCCGCGGCGGCGGCUCCCGGCCCCCGGCUCCGCGCCUCUCAAGGGACGCGGCCCGCGACCUCGGGCGGCGGGCCGCGUCGGCCGGGCAUGGCGGCGUGGAGCCCGGCCGCGGCAGCGCCGCUGCUCCGUGGGAUCCGCGGGCUUCCUCUUCUCCACUGUGUCCAGCGAAUGUUUGCCUCGCAAACUGAGGGGGAGCUCAGAGUGACCCAAAUUCUCAAAGAAAGGUUUCCUGGAGCUACAGCUAUCCAAGUCACCGACAUUUCAGGCGGCUGUGGGGCGAUGUAUGAAAUCCGGAUCGAGUCAGAAGAAUUUAAGGAGAAGAGAACUGUCCAGCAGCACCAGAUGGUAAAUCAGGCACUGAAAGAAGAAAUCAAAGGGAUGCACGGAUUGCGGAUAUUUACCUCCGUCCCCAAGCACUGACCACGUCCUGGCCGCGUAGAUGCUGCUGCUUAACGCCUUCGGUGAACUUGGCUGACACCAUUCUUUCCUAGGCAUUUGCCAAAAAAGUUAUCUAUUUUGUUCAUAGACAUUUCCAUACUAUAAUCAUAGAAGAAUAUGUUCUCUAUUUAGAGUUUAAUUAAAGGCAACAGACAUCCGAAA